AUGGCAGAGCCCCAAAAGACCGCCCCUGCGCCCCAGGAGCAGCAUCCAUAUCCACCACCCCCAAUGGUCUCGUAUCCUCACCAGCCUUAUAACGGGCCAUAUCCACCUCCAGGUCCCCCAGGCGCAUACAUGCCUCCCUUUUUUGCCUACCCGCCACCCCCGCCAGACGGCAGCCAUCCAGAGGGUGCCCCCAACGGCGGCCCUCCAGGUCCAUACAUGAUUGGCCUCCCCCCAGGCGUCAUGUACGCUUAUCCCCACCACCCACAGGCCCAAGCGUUCGGACCUCCCCCAGCAACUUCCGCUUCUCCGCCUGCCCUGCGUCCUAAGCGCAAACAGGUCAAAAUGGCUUGCACUAAUUGUGCCGGGGCGUGUAAACGCUGUGACGAAAGUCGGCCCUGCGAACGCUGCGUCAAGUACGGAAUCGCAGAUUCAUGCGUCGAUGGCCAGAGGAAGGAGAGAAAAAAGGGUAUCAAGCGUGGGCCCUAUAAGCGCAAAUCCAAAGGCGAGUCAGAGAGCCCUAGCUAUACUGGUGAUUGGCCCCCGGGUACGCAACCGCCUCCAGCCACUACCUCCGCUGCUGCUAUCCACGCUGUCGCCCAGUAUGCACCAGAGGGAUAUUAUCCCGUCUACUACCCUCCUCCCGGCUUUAUCCCCCAUCCACAUGAUGGCCAACCAGGUCCGGAUGGCUCUCCGCCCCAUCCUAUGCCUUAUUACAUCCAUCCGGGCACGUAUCCCCCCUUCCCGCAUUACCCCGCCAUCUACCCCCCAGGUGCCCCGCCGCCUUCAUCUGCUCCUCCCCAUCCUCACUCCCAGGCCCAGGUCCAGGCCCAGGCGCAAGCUCCACCCCCCGUCGCGGCUCCUGGCGGGCCGAAUGAGUCUACGCCACCACAGACGGUGAAUCCGUCCGAUACGGCACGCAAAGUUGACGAUGCACCCCCCGCUGCUGCUGCUGCUGCAGAGCGUAAUGGUGUUGUUGAGACCAAUGGAGGUGGUGGAAGUAAGAAGCGAGCGCGGGCGUCGAGAGGCGGCGAGCCUAAGCAGAAGAAGGCGAAGACUGGUGGUGGUGUGAAUGGGAAUGCCGCCGAGGCAUCUACCAGUGCCGUAGCUUCGACCUCGACCUCCACUGCACCUGCCGUGAACACCAACACCGGCGCGGAUAAUGAGAAAGACAACGAUGCAGCUGAAUCACCUGUCGCAGCUGUCAUUGUUCCGCCCCCUAGCGCUGCUAUUGCGUCCUCGUCUUCGUCGUCGCCGUUGAUGGACCAUGACCAUGCGAGCAGUGCGAGUGGGGAGAGCAGCAGUGAUAGUGGUAGUGAUGAUAAUGAUAAAUCUGCUUGA